AUGGUAGAGAGAGGAGCAGGGAUGGUAGAGAGAGGAGCAGGGAUAGUAGAGAGAGGAGCAGGGAUAGUAGAGAGAGGAGCAGAGAUAGUAGAGAGAGGAGCAGGGAUGGCAGAGAGGGGAGCAGAGAUGGUCGAGAGAGGAGCAGGGAUGGUAGAGAUAGGAGCAGAGAUGGUAGAGAGAGGAGCAGGGAUGGCAGAGAGAGGAGCAGGGAUAGUGGAGAGAGGGGCAGAGAUAGUAGAGAGAGGAGCAGGGAUAGUAGAGAGGGGAGCAGAGAUGGUCGAGAGAGGAGCAGGGAUGGUAGAGAGAGGAGCAGAGAUAGUAGAGAGAGGAGCAGGGAUGGUAGAGAUAGGAGCAGAGAUGGUCGAGAGAGGAGCAGGGAUGGUAGAGAUAGGAGCAGGGAUAGUAGAGAGAGGAGCAGGGAUGGUAGAGAGAGGAGCAGGGAUGGUAGAGAGAGGAGCAGAGAUAGUAGAGAGAGGAGCAGGGAUGGCAGAGAGAGGAGCAGGGAUAGUGGAGAGAGGGGCAGAGAUGGUAGAGAGAGGAGCAGGGAUGGCAGAGAGGGGAGCAGAGAUGGUCGAGAGAGGGGCAGGGAUGGUAGAGAUAGGAGCAGAGAUGGUAGAGAGAGGAGCAGGGAUGGCAGAGAGAGGAGCAGAGAUGGUCGAGAGAGGAGUAGGGAUGGCAGAGAGAGGAGCAGGGGUAGUAGAGAGAGGAGCAGGGAAGUUCACGGUUGAGACAGGAGGGGAAGUAAGCGGGAUGGUGGGACGAUCGAAAAAAGUUGAGGAAGACAGAAUAGAUAUAGGUGAAAGAGCUUGCUCAUUCAAUAUCGGUGAGGUCGGACACGAAGAUAAUGGAGAUGGCAUAUUGGUGUCGUUGUCAUCGUCGCUGGAUACAUCUACAAGCAGUAAUGUCUUGGCGAAGGGCUUCGAGACCUACAAAAUGAUAAAAUUAAUUUAA